CCCACAGCAGCUGUCAGAAACGAACAAACAAAUAUCCUAAUAUUAUCAGAAAUUUCAAAAGGAUAAGGACUAACUUUUUUUUUAUAAAAAACGGAAGAUAACUAAAGAUCUGGAAAUGUUAUCACCUUCAGCGGAAAACAUCGGAAAAGAUGGAGCUCCCGUGAACCGGAAAGUAAACGUGAUGUCAGCGAGGCGCAUUCAGAGGGAGCUGGACGAGAUAUGUAGGGAUCCACCACCAAACUGCAGUGCUGGUCCGAAGGCAGACAACCUGUACGAGUGGACCUCCACGAUAAUCGGACCCACAGACUCGGUUUACGAGGGCGGCAUGUUCAAGCUCGACAUACACUUCCCCAUGGAGUAUCCUUUUGCACCACCGAAAAUCGUGUUUCGCACGCCCAUCUAUCACUGCAAUAUCCACCGACUGGGCAUCAUUUGUCUGGACAUUCUGAAGGAGAACUGGUCACCGGCACUGACCAUCUCGAAGAUCUUGCUGUCUAUUUGUUCUCUGCUCACCGAUUGUAACCCCACCGAUCCGCUGGUGGUUAGUAUUGCCAAGGAAUAUGUGAGGAACCGAGAGGAACAUGAUAAAAAGGCUCGUGCUUGGACCAAACAGUACGCAAAAAAUGAGUAGACUAGACAAUCUCAAAUGUCUCGCAAAGGAUUCUCCGAAAACAUACACCUAUAUGUUCAAGAACGCUAAAUUAAGAGUAGGCUGGUCUUUUAAAUAAUCUGAUUUACCCAAGAGUUUUAAAGUUUACUAAACGUUUUUAAUUUGUCUUUUCUUUUUAUUGCGUU